UUAGUUGGAAUUAGUUUGACCGUAGAGAAAUGACUGAGUGGUUCAUUUUUAAUUGUUUUUUUUUUUCUGGUGUCAGACUUUACAACACAAACGUGACAGACUCGGCUGCGUAAAAAAAAAAAAGAAGAAGAAAAGAAAAACUGACAGAGAGCGCGAGGCGGAAGACUGAGUCAGUCUUCAGUCAGGCAGCAGACGGAGAGGAUCAUGAGACGGACCAGGUUUCCUUCCCAUCACCAGCAUCACUCCAGACCCAGCUAAGGAACGAUGUCUAACAACACCACGGAGGCGGUGCAGGACUACCCUUACGUGCGCUUCUACGUGUCCACCCUCUCCUUCUCGGUCCUUCUCUUCUUCAACCUCAUCAUCAACUGGACCAUCGUCCGGGAGGAGCGGCUGCGGAGCCAAGCGCGCUUCGUGCUGGUCUUCCACCUGCUGGUGUCCGCUCUGGUCCACCUGGGCAUGAGCAGCGUCUUCUACUACCAGAUCCACCUGAAGGCGCGGCCGAGCCGCACCGCUUGCCGGGCCAUGAUCACCGUCCUGAUCAGCAGCGCCUCCAACAUCCUGCUGACGCUCACGGCCAUGGCUCUGGACCGCUUAGUGGCCGUGUGCUACCCGAUGCGCUACACCUCCGCCUGCACGGCGGCGUACUGGUCGUGGCUGCUGGGCUUGCUCACCUGGAUGGUAGCCUUGGUCAUCCCCCUCAGCCUGCCUCUCAGCCCGGGUCCCCAGGCGGGGGACCCCGAUACUUGCGACCGGAAUAAGCUGAAAAAGGGCGAGCUCCAGAAGGUGCUGUUCAUCGGACUGUGCACGCUGCUCAUUCUCUACAGCUACGUGCGGAUCCUGGUGGAGGGACGGCGGCUCGGGGUGCUAAACCGGAGGAACCGGGCCGGCUGCAGGACCAUCGCCCUGCACGGCACCCAGCUGGCCGUUUACAUCCUGCCCAACUUCGUGAACUUCGUGUUGUACCUCAUGUUGAACAAAAACAUUAUCGAGCGUGACACCAAGGAGCUGUCCGCCGUGGUUAUCUUUGCGUUCUUCAGCGUGGCGCAGUGCGUGGCGCCCGUUGUUUACGGCUUGCGCAAAGAGGAACUUCUGGAGCAGCUGAAUCGUCGGUUCCCCUGCUGCUCCCGGUACCUGAAGGCUGUGCUCGGCUGGACAGUGAGAGCCAACUGGCCCCAUACACAACCCAGAGGAAGGGAGCGAACGCUGACUGCUCAGACCAUCAUCUCCCUGGAAGUCCCACAAGAGAACCGGGAGGAAGAGACCGAGCCGCUGCCAGACACCAGUUUCCCACACAACUCACAUUCAUACGAAGGAAUUAUGGACCAUGCCUGAUGGGGGGAGGCUAAUAAGGGAAAAGCUUUUGUUUCCAACAGAUUUUUUUUAUCUUGUGCUGGAAAGGAACUCGUAAGACGCUUUUUAAUAAAUUCCUUCAUAAGAAAAUUGAACAAAGACGUGCAGAUCCAAGGGAAAACUCAAAGCCAGACCUUGAACUGUCAAUUUUUCUUUCAUCUGAAGCGUUCUCCAAGGCCAGGUGGAACAGUUCUGAUUGCAGAACUCCUUUUCCCGGCUCAGGGGAACCCAAUCGUCCGUCUGAAUCCGACCUCUUCCUCCUUUUGGGAUUAUGCUGACUGGAUAUAUCCUAACGUUUAGCCAUGUGGAUGUUUGGUGUCAUUCUUACCGUAAACUGUGUAAAGCCUAAAAUUCCUGGUCCACUGAUUUCCUGAGACUGAAAUCAGCAGAAGGAACUAAAAUGGCUCAAGACAUUUUGAUUUUCCCGAAAGGAACCAACACUUUGGCCUGUGUUUGAGAAACAUCAAAGCACACAAACAACAUAGCAUGCCUGUUGGUAAAAAAAAACAUUUUAUUUAGUAAAACCUACUUUAAGUUAUUUGUAUAGUUUUAAGUUUGAAAUAUUUUUACGCUACUUAUCUGUUUUAUGCGGUAUUAGGACUUUUUGACCAAAAGUUAAGCAUCAAUUGCAUUUCGAUCAAAGGAAAAAUACGUUCAAAGAACCAUUUCCUUUUUUUCUCCAAGGGUUAGAAAAAGGGUUUGAAAAAAAUUUGCUUAAUAAUUUGAAGUAGCUUUUCUUUUAGAGUGAUGAGAAACAAAUGGCAGAAAUCAUAGUCCACUUUCUGCUUGUUCAUCACACCGUUAUGCAACUUACUACUUAUUUAUUUUAAAAACUUACUCCCCAUCUACUAACUAUUUUCAGCAGAGACCAUAAGCUACAGAACGUCUCAAAAUGUGAAUUUUUUUCCUGAAUAUGUUAGUUUUUCUAAAAUUCUAAAAAAAAUCAGAAUAAAAUAUUUAAAACAUUACAUUUUAUUGUAGUUUAUUUAUUUUUGAAAUUGUGUUUCUUCAUCAAAACACAGUGCAACCAAUACAAAAAGCAGCUUUCAAAUGAUUUCAAAGUUGUUGUUUUUUAAAGGAACAGUGCUAUAUAUAUUUUUUUCCCGAUUAUUUCUUGGCAGCAAAGAGAAAAGUUGCUUUGUUCAACAAAUCUUUCCAAACAAUUGCUGACAUUUGCUUCAAAUUGCACAUCUAUUGCCUGGGGUUUACCACGGUAGGGGAUUGCACUGCCUGAGUUGACAGUUGAGUUUCACGGCGACGGCAGCACACGGCAGGGGAAUUCUGCUCAUUGGAUGCCGCAUUGUCUUGUGAGACACUAGUACCGCCACGUCCGAUCCGAGUCUCGCACUUCAAAGCACAACCUGUGUACACACUCUUGGCGCUGGACUUACGGGCAUUCCUGCAGAGCGCCUUUUUCCUUAGAAGAGGUGCGCUGCAGAAAUGAAACCACGAGGCAGGCGGGUAGUUUGGUACGGAGAGGAAGUGCGUUUUCAACUCUCAGACAAAAACGCUGCUAAAGCCGAACGGGUGUGCAAGAAAAGACAUGAAGUCAAAGCUCAGCAGAUGCGUGUUUAAUGACAUGUUGCAAGUGCACCAACGUCCACACAUAUUUUGAUGAGGCAGAUAAGUUUAUGGAUAAACAUACUUUUAGAUUAAUCUAAAUAGCAUGUCACAAAAAGAGCGUGGAAUAUUGUGAGCAGUUUUAAUCAUGUGGAACCCCUCCAAUGUGAUCAAGUCUAACAGCUGAUACACUCAAUCUAAAUAUUAGCACGUAAUUAUACAUAUGAUAAACCCACAGGCUUCCCAAAUAAGUAUGCACUUUUAGUUUAAAAUUAAAUAUGCAGAUAACUACAUGUUCCACCUUUACAGUAGAGGAUUGAAAACUGGCGGCUGUAUUGAUGAGUUUUCAGGUGAGUCACGGCACAGCAGGAACUUCAAUCAGAAUUUAAGGCAAAAGUUUUAAUCUGAUAUUGUGUUUAUAAGAGCUUAAUAUGCAGAAAGGCCUUUUAGUACAUACAAAGCACAUUCUUAAAUACAUUAAACAAAAUUUAGACUAUAGUACAUAAAAAAAUAGAAAGAAAAACGAAAGAAUAUGCCUUUAAAAAAAAAAACAACCUUAGUUUAGACCCUAAACUGCUUUUUAUUUUACAGACGUUCCUGUUGACUGAGUUACCAUCUGAGUCACAUUGUGUUGUAUUAUUGUUAAAGCAAAAACUGCAUAUAUUCGUACUUUAAGUGCGAAUUAUUGAUCGGUCAUCUACAGUCUAUUUACAAGCUCCCCGCACAUAUUCAACCGUCAGACACACACCGGGAGGAAGAAUCUCUUGUAGAAGAUUCACACUCCAAGUUCAAAAAGCGAGAAACGAGUCAAGAUUUUCAAGGCUUAAUUGUUAGUCUGACCAAAAAUAAAUAAAUAAUAGUGAUGUGACUGAAAUAGAUGUAUUAUUAAAAUGGGUCAAUUCUGGCUGGACUUGGCAUUCAAGAUCGGAUUUAGAAAUCCAGAAAAGUUGGAGAGA